CGAAGGGAAGCAUACCUUCAAAACAACCCGGCCACCUCGCAAAUCACAGCCCGAAUCGCACCCGGCCUCGCUCACAGUCUUCGGUGCAGCCAUGUGGCUGGAGAAGCGCGGCCCGCCGCCUCUACAGCGGUGGCGCCGGCGCCGGUUCUCGAUGGAAGGCUCCUGCUUGCGUUAUGCGCAGGGCGACAGGGAGAAGAUCAUGGCUGUCACAGGAUGGCGACUCGUACCUGGCCGUCCGAGAUGGCUGGUUGUGUCUGGACAACCAAAGGACAUGAUGGUACGAGCGCAGAGCGAAGACGAGCUCGCGGCUCUCACCGCCGCCAUCGACGCCGCCUUGGCACACGAGGCAGAGGCAUUGCCAAAGGAGUGUCGGGCGGUGGCGGAGCAUCCUCCAGAGGCGGCUAAGGCGGAGGGAGCCGACGCGGCUCAGGACGCAGGGGCAGCUUCUGUGGAUGCGGCUGCCAUGAUCACGGCUGCAGACGAGGUUGCAGUGGGCGGGGAUGGCUCAGAGCUGGCCUGGUCAGAGGUGGAGGUGGCGGCGGCAGAGGCGGCGGGAGAGGCGGAGGCGGCGGCGGCAGCGCAGGCGAACGUGGAGGCCUCGACAGCCGCUGAGGCACCCGCACUGGCGGAGGCCGCCACGCCGGAGGCGGUCGAGGGAGCGCCUCCGCAGGCCGACCUGGCGGUGGCUGCGAGUGCGGUGGGGGAGGAGCCAACGAAGGAGGAGGAGGCCGGAACCGUCUCGGAACCGUCUCGGAACCUUCCGGGGGAGGGGAUGCCUCCGGCGGUGGAGAUGGCCGAGGCGGCCUCUCCCGCACCCCCGGACUGCAAGGUUGGCUUCGACGACUUGGAGGUGGUUCGCGUGCUCGGCCGAGGCGCCUUCGCGACGGUGGCUCUCGUCCAGCUGAAGAAGGGCGGCGCGACCUUCGCGAUGAAGAGCCUCAACAAGCGGAUGCUUGUCGCGGCCUACCAGGUGCAGGCUGCGCUCGUCGAGCGGGACGUCCUCAAGGGGACGCGAGGCCACCCCUUCAUCGUCAACCUCCAUGCCUCCUUCUCCUCGGAAGCGCACCUGCACCUGCUUCUCGACUACCUGCCCGGGGGAGAUUUGCAGGCGCUGCUGCUGCGGCGCGGCACGCUCCCGCUCGCCGACGCGCGGCUGUACGCCGCCGAAGUCGCCCUCGGCCUCGGCGGGCUACACGACGAGCGCGGCGCGCUCUACCGCGACCUCAAGCCGGAGAACGUGCUGCUCGACGGCCGCGGCCACGCGGUGCUAGCCGACUUUGGCCUCGCCAAGCUCGCGUCGCACGGCCGCUCCUUCGUCGGCACCGCGGCGUACAUCUCUCCCGAGGUGAUCCGCUCCGAGCCGCACGGCAAGGGGGCGGACUGGUGGGCGCUCGGCGUGCUGCUGCACCAGAUGCUCGCCGGCAACACCCCCUUCGACAGCCCCUCGUUCCCCGCCACCCAGCGCAAGAUCCUCCACGCGGCGCCCCUCCCGCCCCUCCUCGAGGGGGUGCCCGCCGACGCGGCCUCUCUCGUCGGUGCGCUCCUGACCCGCGACCCCGCCGAGCGGCUCGGGCGGGGGCCGGGAGGCACUGCGGCCGUGCUGGCCGCGCCCUUCCUCGCCGCGCUCGACAUGGAGCGCGUGCGGCGGCGAGGGUACGCUCUCUCGUGGGCGCCGCCCGAGGGGGGGGCGACGCACUCGCUGCGCGACUCUGGCGGCGACGCCGUCCCCCCGCUGCCGCCGAACGAGCUCGAGGAGAGCGACGACGAGGCCGACGACGCGCUCGACGGCCCGUCGGGCAGCGACUCGGAGGAGGAGGCCGCCGGCGGGCUGGAGGCGCGACGGGCGAGGCAGGCGGCCGUGCAGGAGGAGGCAAGGCGCGCCCGCCAGGCGCUCGACGAGCGCUUCCGGGGCUUCUCCUUCUCCUGGCAGUGAGCGGCCUCCUCCGGUCCCGGAGGUUGGACCGCUCGCCCUCCGCGCCGCCCGGUUGAGAACGGCGCGGAAGCCGGUGCUUCUGCUUGUACGUGUUGCCUCUCCUCCCUUCUGCUUAAGUGUUCUGUGAUGAUUACCGCUGAGCGCUUGUGGCCUGUGCCGCUGAGCGCUGUCGCGUGUCGGCGACGGCGUGUGCUCUGCCUCUGGGGCCCGUAAAAAUGAAAAAAUCAC